AACGCGCCAAGAACAUUUCGGUUUCCUUUUCUCGAUCGUUUGCGUCAGUAUCGUGCUUUAGAAGCGAAGCGGAAAACGUGUCUGCAGAGAUGGCAAAGUUUGUGAUUGCUGCCCUGUUUUUGGUGCUGUCCGUCGUUGUCGUGUUGGCUAGCCCGCAAGGAGGCUUCGGAGGUCAGCAUGGACCCCAGGGAGGCUUCGGAGGUGAGCACGGAGGAUUCCAGGGUGGUCAUGGUGGACAUGGCGGACAUGGAGCCGGUUUCGAUGGACAUGGCGGACAUGGAGGUAAAUUCGAUGGACAUGGUGGACACGGAGGUCAUGGAGCGCACGGAGGCUCCCACGGAGGACAAGGAUUCGGACACGGCCAGGGUCAUGGUCAAGGCUACAAGAAGCACGGCUACUAAAGCAGUAGAAAUUAAGAACGUUAAGGAUAAUAAAUGUGA